AUGUCCACGACGGACGAGGACUCGUCCCUCGUCACACCCCCGUCAUCAGCACGCCAAGACGUCCACCUCGUCCUCCUCCUUCACGGUCUCUACGGCGCCCCAGCAAACUUAUGGUGUCUGGAAGAGGAAGUCGCCGCCGCCGGUGCCCGUGCCCGUGAGACGGCUGCUGGUGCUGGUGCUGCUGCCGCUGCCGACUCGGCGCCGGCGUCGCACCACUUGUCCGCCGCCCCGACCCAAUCGGGGGCUAAAGGCGUCGACGACCCAGCUGCGGACAGGGGUUUGCAAAUAGCCGUCCUCAACGCCAGGAGCUACGAGCAUGCAAGAACCUGGGAUGGCAUCGACGUCAACGCACACCGCGUGGGCGAAGAGCUCGACGCUGAGAUCACCCGACUGGCAGAAGAGGAAGGGAAGCGCGUGGUGGCUAUUAGCAUCACAGGGUACAGCCUGGGAGGACUCAUUGCUCGCGCACUCGUGGGCCAGCUGCAUGCGCGCACGCCGAGCUUCUUUGACGCGGUUCGCCCAGCAGCGUUUGCGUCAAUCGCCACCCCGCACCUCGGCGUGCUGCGGUAUGGGUCGUGGCGUUCGACGUGGGUUCACGCCAUCGGCCAGCACCUGUUUUCGCGCACGGGCCAGCAACUAUAUUGCCUCGACACGGAGCGUGGCAGCCCCCUUUUGGCCGUCAUGGCCCAUCCAGAUCGAGUCUACCUACGUGCACUUGGGCUCUUCCCAAGUGUCACAAUCUUCGCCAAUGGCGUUAAUGACCUGACGGUGCCGUACCCGACGGCGGCGAUCGUGGCACACGAUCCGUACGUAGACCACGAGAGCACACGUCUGCAAGUGGAGCUCGACGGGCGCGUUGUGCGCAAGCACUAUGUCCCCGAUACAGACGACGACGAGGUCGAGACCAUGGUCGCGCCGACGCCGAGUGGAGCGACCACUCCGGUACCCGUGCCCGGUCUGCGGAGCGAGCGGCCGUUGUUGCCACCAAUCUUCUAUCUCAACCGCCCGGGCAUCAUGCGUUAUGCUCUGUUCCCGCUUCUCCCUGUGAUCAUCCCGAUGAUCUUAAGCUUAGUGGCAUUGACGUUUGCGUAUCACUCGUUCAAGUCGACACAGCGUAUUCGUCUGCACCACACGACGGCGAAACGCUCCCUGCUUUGGGACGUCGACGUCGACGGCGAGGGCGAGCCCAGCGAUUACGGGUCCACUGGCCAGACCACGCGCAACGACACACCCGUUGAGACCCCCGUCGAGACCCCCGUCGAGACGCCUAUCGGUAGCCCAGGCGCCACGCGGCCCGGCACCCCCGGCCCAGCAGUGCGGACAAUGGCCCCAGCGCAAGCAGCCGUGGUGGCGGCCGGUACAGACACGGACAAGGACACGGACGCGGACGGCGUAGACGGCGGCGACGACGACGGCACAGCCACCCCGUCAGCCCCGACGAGCAUGGGCCAGUACACCCAGCCGCUCCUCACGCCCCUCCAGCACAGCAUGAUCGAGCACCUGUCCUCUGUCCCGCAGCUCGAGCGCGUCGUCGCAUGGUUCCCCAGCGCGUUCAACGCCCACGCCGUGAUCAUUGCGCGUAAUGCCAAGGUGGCAAAGUGGGCGUGGCAAGGCGAGGGCCGCGAGGUCGUGCGUGUGUGGGCGAGCAAGGUCGUGGAGGCUGGCGCAGGGCCAUUAUAG